CGUCGUUCGGCCAUGAAGAAGAAGAAGAGGUGAGUCCAACAAUCACAACUUCAUUGACAGAUCUGAAAACUUCUCGGAGCUCUUCUCUUCACAAGUACUCCUCCUGAAAGUGAGCUCUAAUCGUGUGAAGAACAGAUCUAACUCAAAGACGAGAUGUCCUCUCAGGUCAGACUGAGACUGCUGCCGAGUGCCAGGUGUUUGUUCGACGACCCGGUUCAGGUGACCGUGGCCGGGCUCAGGUCCAGACAAGUGGUCACCAUGAGAGCCAGAUCAACUGACGAGAAAGGAGUGGUCUUCAGCUCCUCUGCGACCUACAGAGCUGAUGGAGACGGAGACAUCGACUUGAACAAAGACCCCUCCCUCAGCGGGACGUACGUCGGGGUUGAGCCCAUGGGUCUGCUGUGGUCCAUGAAGGCGGACUCUUUGCACAAAAGGUUUCAGAAAAUAAAAGCUCUGAAUCCACACACCGUGAAGUUCUCUGUGCAUGAGGAGGAAGGCAAGAUGCUGGCAGAGGCGACCAAUGAGAGAGUUCUGAUGGGAGACGGGGUCAGCAGGAUACCUGUCAAAGAGGGGAAUGUUCGUGGGGUCCUGUUUACUCCUCCAGGUCCUGGUCCUUUCCCUGCUGUGCUGGAUCUGUACACGUUUGGUGGAGGUGUCUCGGAGAAAAGAGCGUCUCUGCUGGCUAACCGAGGGUUUGUGGUCCUGACUGUCGCGCUGUACGGCCAUGAUGACAUGCCCAAAAAUAUAUCAGAAAUCCAUCUGGAUUACUUUGAAGAGGCGAUUGAGUUUUUAAGAAACCAUGAGAAGGUGGGCGGUAAAGGAGUCGGUGUGAUAUCGAUUUCUAAAAGUGGAGACCUUGCACUUUCAGCAGCGACCUACCUCUCAGGUGUCGAGGCCACCGUGUGGAUUAACGGACACUCUGCGAACACCAUUUACCCUCUCUACUACAAGAAGACUUUAACCCUUCCUCCGUUAAUGUUUGACUUCGACAAGAUCAUCCCCGCUGAGUCAGGAGCCUGCAUUAUCAAGCAUGGAGUUCAUGAUCCCACAGCGGAGGAGAACAAAGCCACCCUGGUCCCCAUUGAAAAAGCAAAGGGUCACUUCCUCUUUGUGGUUUCUGAAGACGACCUGAACUGGGACAGUAAGGGUUACUCAGAGGAGAUGGUGGCGAGACUGAAGCAUCAUGGGAAGGAUAACUUUGAGAGUGUGUGUUACCCUGGAGCGGGACAUUACCUGGAGCCGCCGUAUGGACCCUACUGCCCCUCCGCCUAUCAUGGGGUUGUGAAGAGAGUAGUGCUGUGGGGGGGUGAGCCCAGGUCUCAUGCUGCAGCUGAGGUCCACAUGUGGAAGAAGAUCCAGGAGUUCUUCAGAGUUAAACUGAGCUGUGAUGCUUCAAAAACUCAAGCCAAGUUAUAGAAACAAACAUGGGAGGUUUCAAAAAACGCAGCUGUCUGGACGGCUGCAAAAACACUUUUGUUCUCUUGAGUUUAUUUUCUCACUUGUGACAACAACACUGAAGCUUUUUACAAAUAACUCACUAUCCCACAUUAUUUUAAGACUUUAAGUUAUGCAUUUGAGUUAAACACAAGGUAUUUGUGCUGAAAGAAAGGAUGAGCGCUUCAGUGAAGAAAUCCACCCCACUAUGCCCUCUGCUGAUGAGUUUUGUACCUACCCCAUGGCUCCUCAUGUCCCCCCAAAGCCUGAGAUAGAAAGGACAGAUGGGCAGCGAGAGCCAGCACAUCACUAGGGUUAUCAAGUGGGCUCCUCCCUUCACUGAUGUUUCCUUUAGUUAGGCCCACGACACCUCAGAGAGGCUAAACAGUUAACUCUGGCAUCCCAGAGCAACCCCCCUCCAUGCAUGCUCCCACUGUCCAUCACAUCCACUACACAACACCCCACUUUAAAAACCCAACCCAUACAGGAUCACCACAUUCAACGGACCCAGGCUCCCUACAUGCAAGCUCCAGGUAGUGACAACACCGAUACUACCUACUCUACCACCUGGACCCGAGCAGCCCCCACCACCCAACACACAACAAGAAGAGUCUGCAGCUAGAUACUAGAAGACAGGGGAGGCGGAGCCUUGAUGAGUUGCCGGUCUAAGCUAUAACUCACCCCUGCUGGUCUGCAUAAUCUGUUUGAGUAACCUCUGGCGGUAUGUUUGGAGUCACUUUAGCUAAUUCAGUCCAUAAGUUUUCAUGCAUUUUUUUGAUACCUGAGUUUCUAUGCAGUUAACAGUGCGAAGCCCAAAAUGAUGGACUUCAAAGCUAGCUUCAAAGUGCUCAAGUCCACAAACCAAUGGGUGGCCUCACAUUUUCUACCUUUUCUAUAUAAUCAAUGAAGCAGUCAGUUUUAUUGAUCUGCUCUGAAGUGAUUAGCUAAAUGAACUGAUGAAUGAACUGAUAAAUUGAAAAUUGUGGCAGAAUAAAAAGGAUGUAGAGGUAGAUAUCUUGUUUUCAUUCAUGUGCAUAUGUUGAGAUAAAUAACUGAUGUCAUUUUAUUGUAAUGUCAGAAGUACGGUUCAUUGAAACAGUGCAAAGUAAUAAUAAUAUAAAAGAAAAUCUGUUGUUAAAUGUUAGAAAUUCUUUGCAAAGUGAUCAAGCAGAAUAAAGAUAAUAAAUAAUGAGGAAAUAUUA